AUGCCGUCUUUGCCGCCACACGUUCCUUCCUCCCUUCCGCGAUCCUCGGCUGGUUCUUCUCCGUCACGUGGAGUCUCCAAGAUAACGAUGUUAUCCAAAAGGAAAUUCUCUGCUUGCUCAUAUUCCUCAGAUAUUGAAGACUCUCUUCUCCAUAGGUUUCGAAAGAAUCAAGCUUUGAGUGAAACGGAGGAGGCAGGGAGAUUGAAAUUCGGAGAUUGGUUGUCAAUGAAUCGAUCUUGGAGCACUUGA